AUGUUUGCAGAGCCCGAGCACCUCCUCCUCGGCCUGCUGUCCAACCCCGGGACCCCCGCCGCCGAGCUGCUGCACCGCCACGGGCUGGCGCUCGACGCGGCGCGCGCGCGGGUGGACGCGAUCAGGGUGAUGCCCACGGGGGAGGGCGCCCUCAAGGGCAGCGACAUUGCGUUCAGCCCCGCGCUGCAGGCUGUCACGACGGCGGCGGGUGCGAGCAGCGCGGGCGGGGCCGUCGGCACCGCGCACCUGCUGUGCAGCCUGCUGCGGCAGCAGCCGGCAGGCAAGGGCCUGCAGAAGGCUCUGGAAGGGGUGAACGUGGAAGACUUGCUAACGCAGGCCGAGCAGCAGCUUGAGGGUGGCACAGAGGAGCCCACAGCCGACCCCCCAAGCAGUGGCGAAGCGCAGGCGGAGCGGCUGCGGCAGCUGUACCAGCAGCACCUGGAGCAGCAGCGGGCGCGGGGCCCCUCGGAUAGCAGCGGCUUUGGGAUUGGGGCUGCGCGGCAGCCGACUCAGCAAGAGCUCGACGAUAUCUAUGAGUAA